UUUCCGGCAGGUCUCCGUCCCUGCCUGGCCCUCCUCCGGGCUCCCCAGCUCGGGGCAGCUCUCAGUGCGGGGCGGAGGUGCCCCGUCACAGCCUGGAAUGGGAUUUAUUCUCAGAAAACCAGUCAGAAAAAAGGAGAGAAUCACUAGGAUUAUAUUUGGCACUCUUUAUCCUGCAUAUUAUUCUUACAAAGCUGUAAAAUCAAAGGAUAUUAAAGAAUAUGUAAAAUGGAUGAUGUACUGGAUCAUAUUUGCACUCUUCACGACAGCUGAGACUUUCACAGAUCUCUUCCUUUGCUGGUUUCCAUUCUAUUAUGAACUGAAAAUAGCUUUUGUAGCUUGGUUGCUAUCUCCGUACACAAAAGGCUCCAGCCUCCUCUAUAGGAAAUUUGUACAUCCAACACUGUCUUCAAAGGAAAAGGAAAUUGAUGACUGCCUCGUCCAAGCAAAGGAUCGGAGCUAUGACGCCCUCGUGCACUUUGGGAAGCGGGGACUGAAUGUCGCAGCAACGGCAGCCGUGAUGGCAGCUUCCAAGGGACAAGGGGCUCUGUCUGAGAGACUCAGGAGCUUUAGCAUGCAAGAUCUCUCAACCAUUCGAGGAGACAGCAGCAGCUCUGUACCACCUCCUCCAGUCACUGUACGAACAAGCAGCAAACAGAGCAAGCCCAAAACAUCCAGAAGUGUGUCAGAAAGCACUGGCAGCUCAGUGUGCUCCUGUUGUUCCGUGUGCCGAAUCCUCAGAGUGUUACAGAUUUGCAUGACUUUUCAUCCGAGCUAUUUAGAAUAGACUAGUUUCCUCCUUGCACUUAACACCUUAAUCAUUUGUGGGAUGUGUUUUAACUGAUGAUGCUGGUGAUAAUGUGACUAGACUUGUUUGCCUGAUUAAUAUUGAACUUGACUUACCGUACAUUUUGAAAAGAUUACUCUCCUGACUCUUGUUGGUUUUAUGAUGCUUUAGGCUGAGUGUGUGGUGGUGGCUGUUCUUAGCUUCUUCAUUUGGCAAUGAAACAGUUGCUCUAAGGCAUGUGGUUUGUCUAGUUACUUUGUGGAAAUGAAGACCAUUUGUAUUUAAUGCAGGUUAAGAGACUGAGCUCCAUAGUGUAUGUCGUGUUGCUUUCACUGGCUCAUUAACCAGUGUGGACAAAUGAGGAUGUGUGACCCACAGCAAAGAAGAUGAGAUUCUGGUUUUAUGUGACCUUGUCUUGCAUUAUAAUAAUAUGAUCUCUAACAGGUGCCUGAUACAAUAUAUGACUCUGCUCCAUCCAAGUCUCCUAUGGGAAUUUAAUCACUAAAGGGCUUGUGUCAUUGGGCAGCGUGAUUCCUUGGCUCAUCCAUGGAUCACCUACAGCACCACGUUCUGAUUUUUGCGAUACAGGUGUAAAUCCAUUGAGAUUACUCUGGAUUUUCACAAGUGUAGAGGAGAAAAGAGCCCUGUCUGUAACGAAGCAAUUGCUGAGCAAGUGCUGCUCUGCUAUGAAAAGUGCCUUUGCUGCUGCAUUAUCAGUAUAGUUCUUUCUUAAGGAGGAUCUUACCAGCCAACAUUGAGUCAUCGAAAUCAGAGAUGACCAUGACUUAUUAGGUCAUGUUCUCCAUCUCCUUAUCAGUAAGUACACAGUUGUUCUUUUCUAGACUGAAGAAAAUACUCUCACACAUACAAAAAUGCUUUUUGAAAUAGGGGAUUUAAGCUUAAAUCCUCAGAGAUAUUUAGACGCCUGAUUUCAGUAGGCGUUAGGUGCCUUAAUACCUUUCAGGAACUGGGUCUACUCUGAGUGCUUUGCCUGGUCUAUAUUUAAAUGUUUGAAGUAUCAAGCCUCAGUAUGCAGCAUUAUUUCCCUCUAAGAGAAUUAAAGCAGCCAGAUAAUCUUGCCUUGGUGAUCGUUGCAUCCCAAGAAGAAAGACCCCCUGUGUAUACUUAGGUUUAUGAUUAUGAUAAUGGCAGUAGGCUUGGCUCUGGGCGCUGAGCCAUAGAAUUCAUCUCCAUGCAGAUGGAAUGCUCCUAUCUCUCUUGAGUGCCGUGAGCUGCCGCGGCUGAGAGCAGCGCAUGCAUGUCUGCUUGGAGAUGUGCAGGAGUAAGAGUGACGGGGUCGUCCACUCACUUCCAUGUAGUUCAGGUUGACGUGACCCUAAGGAUGGAGCAAAUGUGCUGGAAUCUGUAGGGAGGAGAGGGAUUUGGCUGGCCAUUGUUAAUCAGAGACAGCCACCUGCUGACCGUUCAGUGAAACACCUACAGCAGCCAGAUAUAUACAGAGACUAUAGGCCAGUGAGGGGCAACCUAAGCUAGGCCAGGUCCACACUAUGGAGGAAGGUCAUAAGAACAUGAGAACGG